AUGGCUUCCACUACAGACGCUGCCUUCGUCGAGGAUGUCGAGGUUGAGCAGGAGUUCAGAGCGCGCGUCAGGAAUCUCAAGAAGCCGAGCAAGUCAGGGGCGACAUCUCCGGGACCUGACAGCGAUAACGAGGAUGCGCCACUCCUGGGUUCUUCGAGCAACACCAAUGGGGGCACGAAUGGCGCUGGAAACAACGACGGGGAAGAGGAUUGGGCAGGAGAUGCCGACUUUCGAGGUCUUCCCUGGUGGAAGCGCCCCUCGAUAUACUGGCUACUUCCGCCAUUCCUACUGUUCACCAUCGCAUUUGGUGGCAUAAUAGUACCCAAGAUCAACUUGAUCAUGGACUUGGUAUGCGAGGACUACUACGCUACAUUAGAAACCGAUCCGAUAUCCUCUCCCAUGGACCCAGGGCAAGACCGAUGUCAGAACGACGCCGUUUCCUCGCGCUCGUCCCUAUUCCUCCUAUACGCUAGCUUGUGCUCCGGUAUACUCUCUGCUAUCAUCAGUCCGAAGAUCGGUGCGCUAUCCGACCGAUAUGGGAGGAAGAAGUUCAUGAUUGCCAAUACAUGUGGUGCGCUCUUUGGCGAAGUGCUCACCAUACUUGCUGCAAAGUUUCCCGAGACAGUACAUGUCAAUUGGAUUCUUGUCGGCUACUGCUUGGAAGGCAUAUCCGGAUCGUUCAUUGUCGGCAUGGCAUGCGCCCACUCUUACGCAUCCGACUGCGUCGCACCUCAAAAGCGAAAUGUUGCCUUUUCGUACUUCCACGCUUGCUUGUUUGGUGGUAUCGCCAUUGGACCUGCGCUUGCCGGAUACAUCAUCAACGCGCGCCAGAAAUAUGUUGGCAAGACUGAAGCCGUUUUGCUCAUUUUCUACAUGGCCCUUGGUGCUCAUCUGAUCUUCAUCGCAUUCCUAACAUUCCUUGUUCCAGAAUCUCUCAGCAAAGCACGCCAGGAAGCUGCACGUGAGAAGCGCAGAGAAGAACUUGAACGGCAAGGACCUGCUGGAGACUUCAUCAACCAAUUACGCUCGAUCAACCUUUUUGGCCCUCUCAAGAUCCUCUGGCCUACUGGGCCUGGAACGUCGUCCGCUGUGCGCUGGAACCUUCUUCUACUUGCUGCUACCGAUACUAUCAUGUUUGGUGUUGCAAUGGGUGCCAUGAGCGUUGUGUUAGUCUACACUCGCCGACAGUUCGAUUGGCAUGAGCUAGAGUCUGGUCGCUUCACAACCAUUGUAAACAGCUCCCGUGUCUUCGCUCUUCUUGUCAUCUUGCCCAUUCUCACCCGCAUCUUCCGCGGUAAGAACGGCGCGGCGCGCAUGCGCAGCUCCGGCUCUGAUCUGUUCGACCUUUCCGUCAUUCGUGCAGCUAUCUUCUUCGACAUGGCUGGCUACCUCGGGUAUGCCCUUGCCCGCAAAGGCGAGCUGUUCGCACUCUCUGGAGCUCUUGCUGCGGUUGGCGGCAUCGGCUCGCCCACUCUUGGAGCUGCAUUGACCAAACAUGUACCGCAAGACCAGGUCGGUCAAUUACUAGGUGCAACGGGCUUGCUUCACGCCGUUGCACGUGUAAUGGGUCCGACCAUCUUCAACGGUAUUUAUAGUGCGACAGUCGGGACCUAUCGCCAAACUGUCUUUGUCUCCCUCGCGGCAACCUUUGGAACCGCGUUCGUCUGCAGUUGGUUCAUUCGUCCACAUGUAUACAUCGAUGAAGAUGACAAACGCGCUGCGCAAGCGAAUGAACAAGAGGCAUAG